AUCUUUGGACUAUGUACUCGAGUACUCGUACUCGAACCAUAACCAACCUUGAAGAACUCAGACACCCCUGCACUAGCACACAACAGCUCCAACACUCGAUUUCUGCUCUUCCUUUUCAUCAAACUAUUGACGGUUACCGAAGGAAUGAAUAACGCACAAUUCCGCAAACUCCUCGAAACGCCUCGUCCCGCAAACGCAUCCAGCCAAAAUGGGCCCUCCUCGACUCCGGCGCUGGGUUCUAAGUUGCGGCCCUCAAUCCCGAUGACCCCGCGAAGCGUCCUCGGUGGCUCAUCAACACAGUCCGAGUUCGCACGUCAACUAGCGGCGAACAACGCCUCCGAGCAAAAGACAAAAAAGUUCCGCUCCUCAGCUGCGCCCCUCGGCACACGACUACCCGAAGGCUACGUCGACCGGACGAAAGACAGAGAGGACGACGGCGGCGACGAGAGGGACCGGCGGUUAGCAGCGCUGGAAGAGCUCUACAAAGAGGGCGGGAUAGAGCAUGAGGAGUACGUUCGGCAGACAAAAUUGCUGGGCGGGGAUGUGUCGAGUACGCAUCUUGUCAAGGGAUUGGAUUUCAGGCUUUUAGAGAAAGUGCGCAGAGGUGAGGACGUCAUGCGUGUGAUUAGGGAUGAUGAGGGCAAUGGGGCGGAAGAGGGGCGGGAUAGUGAGGGUGAGGAGGAUGUUCUGGAUAAAGUUCUCGAGAAGGAUGUUGUUCCCGGGAAGAAAGAGGAGAAGAAAAAGAAGGGCAAUUUGGCACCGAAGACUCGUGCGGAGAUAUUGGCGGAAUUGAGGAGGAGCAGGGAGGCUGCGAAGCCGGUUUCUAUGCUUGGUUCGAAGUUCAAGAAGAUUGGCGUGAAGGAGGAGAGGAAGGAGGAGAAUGGGGCGAAGGUUAAAUAUGUCACAGGUGCAGACGGGGUGGUCAAGAAAAUGAUCAAGAAGGAUAAGAAGGAUAAGAAGUGUGAUAAACCGGAACCGGUUUCUACGAGGGUUAUGGGGAUGAUGCCUCCGCCACCUAUGCCCGGAAAGACAGAGAAGGCAGAAGAGGAAGAUGAAGAUAUCGAUAUAUUCGAGGGGGCUGGAACAGAAUACAAUCCUCUUGCAGGCCUGGACGAUGAUGACGCCUCCUCAUCCUCGUCUUCAGAAGAGGAAGGCGAAGAAGAAAUUCAUCCAACCAAGAAGGCAAAAUCAGAAAAGGUGCCCGAAUCUCCCCCAAAGCCCCCUUCUCUACCUACUUCCCCUUUAUCAUCACCCUCUGUGCCACCACCACCACCACCCGCGCCAAAGCCGAAAGCAAACUACUUCAACGAGCCCACCACCACCUCCUCGGAUAUAUACAAACCCCCAUUCUCAGCCUCAGCCCUCCUAUCUUCCAAUCCCGAACUCGCGGCAGCACUAGCCAAGGCCUCGACCAUUAAAGCAUUCUCCACGCCCUCCGAAGACGAAGCUGGGAAGCGCCGGAAGGCGCUCUUGGAGGCUGCGGAUAGAGACGCUUUCGACAUUGACUUUGGGUUCGGUGGGAGUAGAGAUUUCGGGGAUGAGGAUGACGAUGACGGGACUGUUGCUAAAAGUAGUGGUGGUAAGAAGCGGAAGCGAGGAGGGAAGCCGAAGAAGGGGGAUAAGAAUAAUGCGGGGAUUGUUGGGAAGAUUGUGGAGGAGAGGUACGGAAGUGGGUCGAAGAAGUAGGUUCGUUGGGGGGGGACAAAAUGUAUUUUAGAUUUGCAUAUGGGUAAUGGUAAACUACCGGUAGAUAGGUAUUGUAAAUACGAAUGUCAAACUGUGACUUGA